GUGACAUUACUAAAUUUGUAAAUAAUCUCGCGAGAGUGAGGUUAUAUUUGUUUACAACAGGAAAUAAAUAAAGCUACCAAACUGUCGGCCAAAAUAGAUUUGGAUAUGAGCUUGCAGACCGACUUUGGCCCUGACUCGGGGGGUAGAGUCAAGGGCCUAGUCAUAGUAAAGCCAAUAAUAUACGGGAAUAUAGCCCGGUAUUUUGGCAAGAAACGUGAAGAAGACGGCCACACACAUCAGUGGACAGUGUAUGUCAAGCCGUAUGCCAACGAGGACAUGUCUGCGUACAUAAAGAAGGUCCAUUUCAAAUUGCAUGAGAGCUAUGCUAACCCUAACCGGAUAAUAGCAAAGCCUCCAUAUGAGUUGACGGAGACAGGCUGGGGAGAGUUUGAAAUUGUGAUUAAGAUAUACUUCCAUGAUCCUAAUGAGAGACCGGUAACUCUAUACCACAUCCUAAAGUUAUUCCAAUCUCCGGUGACGGAAGGAGGUGCUCCGCCGGUGGUGGGGCGCGCGCUAGUCAGCGAGUCCUACGAGGAAAUCGUCUUUCAGGAACCUACACAGCUAAUGCAGCACCUGCUGAACAGUGUGAAGCCAGUGUCCUCAGGCCCGUGGAACCAUGAUACUGAUUUUGAAGAAAAGAAAGAGAAAACCCUACAAAAAAUCAUAGCGGCACAAACCAAAGUGCGCACAGAGAUCUCAGACUUGAAGGAGAAGUUGCACCUUGCUAAGGAGACGAUAUCUAAGUUUAAGGAUGAGAUAGGGAAGCUACAGGGCAGCGCGGGCGGCAGCGUGACGAGCGGGGCGUAACCGUAAUAGUGACGGUAGUACCUGGCAGAGACACACGUGUUCAAGGUGACAGUGACGGUCUCGGCGGUGCCCAGCGUUGAGAACCAUGUGUAGUAGGGAGCGACGUUACUCAAUUUUAUGCUGAAUUUACGUAGCUGCAGUGUUAAUUACUUUGAGAAUGUUUGUGUAAUGUUUUUCUUUGUUUAUAAGUUGGUAUAUUCUAAGAAGACAGUUUUUAUGUAUUCAUUGUUUUGCUCAACUUGAGAUAAGAAGUUUACAUUGAUAGUUUCGAAUUCUCUUUUACAGAUAUAGCGAGAGUUACGCCGAAGCAUAGUUAUAGACUAGACAAUCUAUUAUGUUUUCAAUCACCUUUUUUUAGUAUGCUUGGAUUCUUUAAAUACACGAUGAAUUUCGGUCAUUCUUAAAAUAAUUAAUUAUUGCGUGUUUUAAAACUCAUUCAAUUCAGCAGUGGAAGAAUAUUGUGUUUGUAUAAAGACUGGUUAUUUUGUACGACAAAUUAAUUUUGUAAUAAAAUAGUAUUAUUUACAUAAAUAUUGAUUACACUGAGUCUCUAGCAUUUAGAUACAUUAAUAAUUGUUAUGUCAAAGCAGUUUAAUUUCCUAAUUCAUUGAUGUGGACAAAGUGUCCAUUCUUGUGGUCUGCCGUAUAUACUCUCCCUCUAGUAAUAUUUAAAAGUCUACGUAUAAGUCGAAAAGCCAAUUGUAAGAAAUAUGUAUAGAUAGUAAACAAAGUAAUAAGUUUUAAUUUUCAAUGUAGAUACACAUUUAUGUGUAAUAAAUACUUGCUAUGAAUAUAACUGCCAAUUGUAUAUUAUUAUGUCAAAUAAAAAUUGAUAAUUAA